CAAAAGGGAACCUAGUAGGGUUACAGAUAUUAAUUUACCAGAGUAAAAACAUUUUUCUGGCUUCAUGCUUCUAAAGUUAGGUCAGGUUAUUCACAGCAAACAUAUAACUAGCCACUUAAUAGUUUAAAAGUUUAAUACAAGUUUGUCUAACUGUGUACCUUAUUCACAAUCUGGAGACUAUUUGAGUUGACAGGAGUGAACCAGAAAGGCAAAGAAGCCUCUUAAUCAUUGGUUUUCAAAACUUAAUCUGUAUACGUAAGGCCCAAGUAAAUCUUUGUAUAGUCUGUAUUGUCAUAUUUCUCUUAAAUGCAAAAAACACAAAAAUUACUGACUUUAUCCUAUUGCACUGGCUACUAUUGUAAAUACUAGUUCCAAUGUGAUCAUUUUGUAUCCACACUGGAUUAUAUAAUCUGUGUAUCAUCAUUUGUUGUCAUUUUCAAUACAGAAAUGAUAAUCACUUGUUUUUUGUAUUUUCGAUCUUUCGAUCUGAUUUAUUGUGUCCAAUUUUUGUGACCAGGAAGUUGCUGAAUUUAUGUGUGUGUGUGUCUUGAUAACUUUUGCCUGCCUUUGCAGCACAUAAAGCUGUGCAAUGGCGCUCCCUGGUUUGAUGUAACGAAAAUGAGCUUGAACAUGAAUAUGUUUUUUUGCAAAGUAUUUUUAAACAUGUCAAGUUACAGGUCUUCGGUUCUGUUUAGAGAGAAACUCUUACACGAAACAGGAAGCUGCUGCCAGGGAUACAGUAAGUUAGAAUGUGGGCAAUCCCGUUUUACGUUUGUUUACAUUUUUGGAAAAUAAAGUUCACAAAAUUAAGUAAUAACUAAUAAUUUUUGUGUACCAAUGAAGAUUUUGAUACUGAAGAAAUCUUGAAAAAUGGAUGAUUCUCAGGCAACUUCUGAAGCUUCCAAUUCCUGUCCCAUAGCCUAUACAAUUUAGACUGAGUCACUAUCGCAGAUGGAGCUGCCACCUCGUCCAACACUGUUUGACUUCCAUGGAGUCUCCAUGGUUAAAUACUUCACUGACAACUGGGACAGCGUACAGAACUUCAAAGCCAGACCAGAUGAUAUUCUUAUAGCUACUUACCCUAAAGCAGGAACAACAUGGGUCUCUUACAUCCUGGAUCUUCUGUAUUUUGGCCAGACAUCUCCAGAGCGCCAGGCGUCCAUUCCUAUUCAUGAAAGAGUGCCGUUUCUGGAGAUCAGCACACCUUCUCGACCCUCAGGUAAAGACUUGGCAGACCAGCUUCCCACCACUCCUCGUCUCAUUAAAACUCAUCUACCAGUCCAGUUUGUGCCCAAGUCCUUCUGGGAGCAGAACAGCAGGAUAGUUUAUGUGGCUCGUAAUGCAAAGGACAGUGUAGUGUCUUACUUCCACUUUGGCCGCAUGAACAGUAUCCAUCCAGAACCAGGUGACUGGAGCACGUUUCUAAAGGAUUUCAUGGAGGGAAAGAUGGUGUUUGGGUCGUGGUAUGACCAUGUGAAUGGCUGGUGGGAGAAGAAACAGACGUAUUCAAACGUUCACUAUAUGUUCUAUGAAGACCUGAUUGAGGACUGUGGACGAGAGAUAGACCGUCUCUGUUCCUUCCUUGGUUUGUCUCCUUCAGCUGAGGAGACGGAAAGAGUCACAAACGGAGUGACGUUUGACAACAUGAAAGCAAACAAAAUGACAAACUAUUCCACUUCCCAAGUUAUGAAUCAAAAGGUGUCUCCUUUCAUGAGAAAAGGGAAAGUUGGUGACUGGAAGAACCAUUUCACUGUGGCCCAGGAUGAACAGUUUGAGGAGGACUACAAGCAGAAGAUGAAGAAUCCUACACUGAAGUUUCGUACUGAAGUUUAAGUGUUCAGAUCCUUUACUUAAGUAAAAGUAGUUAUACCUCACUGUAAAAAUACUCAGUUACAAGUAAAAGUACUGAAAAUGUUACAUUAUAAAAGUAUGUAAGUAUAAUCAGGAAAAUGUACUUAAAGUAUUAAAAGCAAAAUGCCCCCAGGACUGACACUAUUAUAAAUCAUUAGAUUAUUAUUAUUCAAGCAUUAAUGUAAAAGCAAUUAUUGACCUUUUUCAUUGAAAAAAGUUAUUAAUUGCAGUGUGAUGCAAAAAAAAAAUCUGCUGAUAAUUUUCUCCAUUAAUUG